AUGUUGUCAAUGUCAUUUAUCGCAAUUGAUGUUUAUGCAAAGCUUGUCUUCUCAAUCUUGAAGGGAUCAAGCAAACUCUUUCUUCUCUCCAAGAUUCUAGCUGUUACUGUUAGAUUCAUUGUAAAAGAUGCUGAGGAGAAGAAGAUCUCUUUUAAUCCAAGACCAUUUUCCAGGCUGUUCAUCAACUGGCUUCUAGACCUUGGCUCACUUGAGCCUGUUACUGAUGGUGCAAAUCUCCAGGUGUUUGUGACUUUCAUUUAUCCUUCUUUACUUUCUUUUUAUUUUGGGUACAAACAUGGGGUCAAAGCCUUUUCUCCAUUAGUUUAUAUUCUAGAAUGGUCAUAA